AUGCUCAGGGUCGGCGACGCGGACGUGCCGCCCGGGCUGGAGCUGGCGCUCCGCCAGCAGCAGGACGGCACGAAGUGCGUCUGCAAGGCCGAGUGGCGCUUCGCCUACGGCGACGUCGGGCGCCCGGCCUCCGACGACGAGAAGACGAAGAGCGUUCCCCCGAACUCGGCCGUGACGUGGACGAUCGAGACGCACCGCCUCUGGUACAAGGAGUGCGACGACACGAUGACGCCCGGCGAGAUGCUCUACGACGCGCGCAACAAGAAGGUGCUGGGCAACGAGCACUUCCACCACGAGAACUGGAAGAAGGCGGGCGCGAACUACCAGGAGGUCUUGAAGGGGCUGAACGUCUGGAACUACGAGGAGGGGGACCCGGACCGGAUCGAGGCCGAGGAGAUCUACAUCCACUGCGGCAACAACCUCGUCUACGCGUUGAUGAAGAUGGACGAGUGGCUCAAGGCCGAGAAGGCCGUCUGCGACGUGCUCACCGUCGCGCCCGACGACAAGAAGAGCCUCUACCGCGCGACGCAGGUCGCCAUGCACCUGUCCAAGUGGCCCGAGGCCGACGCGGCGCUCAAGAUCGCCAUGGAGACCUGGCCGAACCACAAGCAGUUCCGGGACCUCUACGAGACGCUCCGCGAGCACAAGCGGAAGUACCGCGAGCGCAAGGCGAAGAUGUCCGCGAAGAUGUCGAAGAACCUCUUCAACUCGGCGCCCAAGCCCAAGCCGGCGGAGGACGACGAGUCGGACUCGAACUCGGACUCGGACUCGGACGCGGAGGACGCGCCGGCCGCGGCGCCGGCCGCGGCGGCCGCCGGCGACGCGCCCGCGGCCGCGCCGGCCGCGGAGGGCCGCCGCUGCGCGGUCAUGUAG